AAAAAAACAAAGAAAAUGGUGACUAGCUGCAACAGCAUAUCAGUUAUCUCUCUAUCUACUGAAAUGUCAGCUACUCUUACAGGUUCAAGCUUCCUCUUCCGACACCCCACCACCACAAGCUUCCACUUCUCAGUUUCAAAACCUAAUGUGGUUUCACAGUCACUACCUUCAUUCUCUUCUUCUUCCUCUUCUUUUCUAUCUCACAAAUUCAAUCCUGUUCUGCGUCCCUGCAAGUGUUCCUACACUGCCCCUGUUCCGACCACAACCUACGAGUUUUCUGAUGGGUCUUCAGAGAUGGAGCUAAGAUUAAACAUAGGAGGCUUGGAUAUACAAAGCACCAGAGACAUAUCGGUUGAUGCAAACGAUUCCUCUUUAGCUAUCAAAGUUUUGCGUUCAGGGUCUCCCCUCACAUUGAUUGAAACUAAUCCUCUUUUUGACAGGAUUAAACCCUCUGAGACAAUAUGGUAUAUAGAUGAAGAUCAGCUGGUGGUGAAUUUCAAGAAGCAGGACCCUGAUUUGAAAUGGCCUGACAUUAUGGAGUCAUGGGAAUCACUUGCUGCAGGAUCUACACAGCUUUUGCAAGGAACAUCGAUAUAUCUCGUUGGCGAUUCCACCGAAAUCAACCAGAAAGUGGCUCAAGAGCUCGCUAUUGGUCUCGGGUACACACCGCUUAAUACAAAGGAGCUGCUGGAAGCAUAUACCAAGCAAACCGUGGAUUCAUGGCUGCUUGCUGAAGGCCCUGACUCAGUAGCAGAAGCUGAAAGCUCCGUACUUGAAAGCAUAAGUAGUUAUGCAAGGGCAGUGGUUGCAACGUUAGGAGGGAAACAGGGUGCCAGUCGAAGAUCUGAUAAAUGGCAACAUCUUCAUGCAGGAUUUACGGUCUGGUUGUCACAGACUGAAGCAACAGAUGAAGAUUCUGCAAGGGAGGAGGCCCACAAAAGCGUCAAAGAUAGCACAAUUGCAUACACAAAUGCGGAUGUGGUUGUCAAGUUUCAGGGCUGGGAUCCUGCGUAUGUCAAGAGUGUAGCACAAGCAUGUUUGAGAGCCCUAAAACAGUUAAUCCUGUCAGACAAGAAACUUCCAGGUAAAAAAAGCCUCUACAUAAGAUUGGGAUGUCGUGGCGAUUGGCCAAACAUCGAACCCCCGGGUUGGGAUCCAUCAAGUGAAAGUGAUGUCACUCUUGGCACGCAAUAGUGAUUCUUGUAAUUGGUAACAUGAAACUUGUUUAUGCAAGUUUGUCUAUCAAUGGAGACAGAAAAAAUGAAGUUUAUCUAUCAAAAAGGUAAUGUAAGUGGUAGCUUCAUUGAUUCAA